CUUCUCAAUCAAACUUCCCGUGCCGGUGACUGACAGAGACGUUCAGCCAAUAGAAAGCCAAAAUAUCCCGGAAAGGCCGGCCUUUCAGCCAAUAGAGAGAGAACAGCGAGGGUGGUUGCGCAGUGAGGUCCCCGGCCGGUUUGCUGGAAUUGUGGCGGUCGGAGGUCCUACUACACCGCAAUCAUGUCUAUUAUGUCCUACAAUGGAGGGGCCGUCAUGGCCAUGAAGGGGAAGGACUGCGUGGCCAUCGCCGCCGACAGGCGCUUCGGGAUCCAGGCCCAGAUGGUGACCACGGACUUCCAGAAGAUCUUCCCCAUGGGCGACCGGCUGUACAUCGGCCUGGCCGGGCUAGCCACCGACGUCCAGACCGUUGCCCAGCGCCUUAAGUUCCGACUGAACCUGUAUGAGCUGAAGGAAGGCCGGCAGAUCAAGCCUUACACCCUCAUGAGCAUGGUGGCCAACCUCUUGUAUGAGAAACGGUUUGGCCCCUACUACACGGAGCCAGUCAUUGCUGGGUUGGACCCGAAGACCUUUCAGCCCUUCAUUUGCUCUCUGGACCUCAUUGGCUGCCCCAUGGUGACCGACGACUUUGUGGUCAGCGGCACCUGUGCCGAACAGAUGUAUGGGAUGUGCGAGUCCCUCUGGGAGCCCGACAUGGAUCCAGAACACCUAUUUGAAACCAUCUCACAAGCCAUGCUGAAUGCUGUGGACCGUGACGCCGUGUCAGGCAUGGGAGUCGUCGUCCACGUCAUUGAGAAGGACAAAAUCACCACCAGGACCCUGAAGGCCCGAAUGGACUAACUCCCGUUUCCAGAGCCCACUGUUGUUUUUUGUUUUGUUUUUUAAGUAAAAUGUUUUCUUUCA